AUGCCUCACGCCGCCGCCGAGCAGCUGCAGCCCACCAUCGCGGGCGUCCACCUGCGCGUCAACGACGGGCCCCUCGACCCGUCCUCCGUCCGCCCCCUCCGCGCCUCCCACCCCUCCGAGCCGCUCGCCGCGCUCCGCGAGCGCUACGCCGCCGACGGCUACCUCUUCCUCAAGGGCCUGCUCCCGCGCGACGACGUCCUCGCCGCCCGCGCCGCCUACUUCACCAGCCUGGCGCCGACCGGUGUGCUCAAGCCCGGCACGGCGCCCGUCGACGGCAUCUUCGACGCCGAGGGCGCGUCGGCCGCCGACUUCCCGGGCAUCGGCGCGGGGAGCGUCAAGAACGCGCGCCCGGGGGGGUCGUCGUCGGCGCGGUCCGUGCUGUUUACGGACGCGGCGCUCCGGGCGCACACGGAGCCGUGGUACGCGGGCGGCGGCAGCAGCGAGGGUAGAGACGGCAGCGACGGCAGCAAGGACGGAGCAGCAGGCGGCAGAGGCACGCGUGGGUUCGCACGCCACCCGGCGCUGUACGACUUCGUGGCGCGCUUCUCGAGCUGGGGCGAGGACACGCUCGCUGUGCGGCGCUCGCUGCUGCGCAACAACACGCCGGGCAACAGGGCCAUUGGCGUGCACUACGACCAGUCGUUUAUGCGGUACGGCGAGCCGACGUCCGUGACCGCGUGGGUGCCGAUGGGCGACGUGCGGCUCGAGGGCGGCGGGCUCAUCUAUCUCGAAGGAGGGGAGGCGCUGGGCGCACAGAUCGAAGACGACUUCGCCGCCAAGGCGCGCGCGGCGGGCAUGUCGGACGAGGAGACGCGCGACGCCUUCAACGCCAACAUGAUGAGCACGGGGUUCCUGAGCGACGGGCCGGCGGCGUUUGGCCGGCAGCACGGGCGGCGGUGGCUGGUGGCGGCAUACGAGGCGGGCGACGUGGUGCUGCAUUCGCCGCACAUGAUCCAUGCGUCGACCAUCAACGACGACCCGGACAACCGCAUCAGGCUCGGCACGGACCUGCGCUUCGUCAACUCGGCGCGGCCAUGGGACACGCGGUGGUCGAACCACUACACGUUCGACGACGGCCUAUAA